AUGCCGAUGUUAUUCUCCCCUUCUAAUGAUGACUGUGUUUGCUGUAGUUGUACAACAUGUAUCUUCUCAGAUGCUAUUAGGAUUGGUCAGUGUAUUCUAAACUCUUGGUGUAGAGAGGAUAUUAAAAGUUUUUUAAUCAAACUGAUGAAUGCUCCCCAUGUUUAUGCGUUAAGACAUGAUAUAUUCAAACUUGUAGAGCUCAAUAGGUCCAAAGAUAGUGUAUACUCUGAUAUGAGACUAUAUGGUUGUAUGAAUCAGUAUUUUUCUUUCGAUAAACGAAAAGUUAUUUCUCCUGAAAUAAAGGAUGACGUUGAAAAACAUGUGAUUAACUAUUUAUCAUAUAUUCCACCUGUAUAUCGUAAACUUUUUGUCUUAUAUAUCUUAUUUGGUACCGAUACCUCUGUAGCACAUUCUGUGUAUUGUGAACUACGGAAGAAGUUUUUAACAGAAAAUAACUCUCCUGCUGAAAAUUCUUCUUCUUUCAUACAUAUACCAUGGAAUUUAAGCUCAAAAAUUGAAUCAUUCCUUCGAAAACGUGACGAAAAGCAUGAGAAAUAUACCAAAUAUAGUAAAUCUUCUAAUGAACUUCAAUGUACUUGUGACGAUUUACAGGAGUGGGACGAUUUAAUACGCCAAUCAUGGGAGUCAUUAUCAUCCAAAAUACGUCAAGCUUAUACAAAAAUCAAGGUACGAUAUGUGUUAAUGCUUGAAAGAAAUAUCUACUGUGGACCAUUUAGCAUUUACGUAUUAUUGGAAAGGCAACCAAAUAAUCCAUUAUGCAAACGACGUGUAAUACAUACUGAUGAUAAAACUCCAUGGUUAGCAUAUUGUGAUGGAAGUUCUCAACAGCGUACUAUAAAAUUUUUAGAUAUUACCAUCAAAUCAUUCCGUGAAAAUGAAUCAACCAAGCGUAUUCGAAAGAAAAAUGAUAAUAACAAUCAGUUCAAUUGUAAAUCAGAUUUCAUGGCACAUCUUAAUCGUGUUUGGUUAACUGGACACGCUGGAAGUGUACGUACAUUAUGGUUAGAUACACAAUUACAAUUACUUCUAUCAGGUAGUUAUGAUACAAGUAUACGUUUAUGGAAUUUAUCUGAAGAUAAACAAGAAGAAAAUUUUAAUUCAUAUAUUAAUAAUAUAUCACAAAAGAUGAAUUCAGUGAGUUUUAGAAAUAGUCAAUCAAAGUGUAUUAGAAUUUAUCAUGGUCAUACAGAUACUGUAUUAUGUAUUUGGUUAGAUCAAAGUAAAUUAUGGCCAAAAAUAAAUAAUACUAAACGGAUAAAACUAUCAUCAUCAUCAUCAUCAUCAUCAUCAUUUUAUCAUCCAAUUGAUUACAAUCAGAAAAGUAAUAAUCAUAAUAAUCAAAGUAACAAUACUAAGAAGUCUGAUUUUCAAGCUACAUAUCAAUUUGCAAGUGGUUCAGUUGAUUGUACAUGUUGUGUGUGGAGAUUAGAUGAGCGUAAACCACUAUGGACUAUGAAACAUGCAACUGCAGUUACAGCAGUUGGUCUGCGAGGAUUUAUUUGCACAGCUGGUGAACGUAAUGGACGUGUAAAUGUAUGGCGAAUUGGAUGUAAAAAACCAACACUGUUAAAGGUAUUAAAUGAGCAUACAGGAUGUAUUACAGCGUUAAGAUUUGAUAAUUAUCAUUUAGUUACAUCAUCAAAAGAUAAAUUUGUUCGAAUAUGGUCUAUGAUUGGAGAAUUCACUGAAUGCUUAGGAACAUUAAUGCAUACUGGUGAAGUAUUGUGUGUUGAGUUGAUUGAUUUACGAAUUAUAACUGGAUGUUCAGAUGGUCGUAUACGUGUAUGGAAUUUAUUAACUCAACAUUGUCAAAGAAUUUUACCAGGUAAUUAUCGUCAUGAUCCAAUUAUCAGUAUAAUGCCAUUAGAAAAUCGGCUUAUUGUCAAUACACAGCAUAACAUAUUAGCAUUGAAUUUUGAUGUUGUCAAAUGGGAAUAUCAUGAGUCUACUACCGAUAAAGCAGAAGAAUUAUGGCUUAAAGAACUAAUGAACAGUAAACGGGUCUUAUCAUUAAGUCGAUCCAGUUCACAAUCUAGAUUAAGCUAUGCUGAGUCAAGAUAUUUAAGAUCUCGUCUAGUUGGUUCAGCUGAUCCAAGAUUUUUCAGACAACCAGUGAAUAAAUCCAAAGAUAAUGUAUCAGCUAAUCGUCGAUCUUCAAGUGGUAAUUCAUAUUUCAAUAGAACAAGUAGUGUAAAAACUCAGUUAUCUGAGAAAUUAGAUCAUGCAUCAUUUCAUUCUUCUCAAGAUAAGAGUAAAUCUGAGCCUAUUGAAUUUCUUAUAUCACCACCAAUACCUGGAACAUAUGCUGCAAAACACAGAAAAAUCAACGAUAAAUUACCUAAUACAAAGAAUUCAAUUCAUCAGACAAUAGAUGAUAAUAGAUUAAAGAAUUGUUCAAGGUAUCCAACACAACACUAUUGUUACUUUCAAUCUCCACAAAAUGUGAAUCAAUUUAAAUGUAAUCUCUUAAAACAAAUUCAUACUUUGAAAAGAAAUCAAUUAAAUAAAAACAAAAAAAAUGAAAUAUUUAACUAUGAUUUUAAUACUCAAUAUAAUAAUACCAAUGAAGAUAAACAACUGGAACAAAUUUAUGAUUUACCUGAUUAUAAUUAUGAACAAUCGUAUAAGAAUAGUCAGAGCAUAAAGAGAUUACGAUCUAAAUCAGCAACACCUGAUAUCAGCAUGGAAUUGAUGUCAACAAAUGAAGCACGAGAAAUACUUUCUCAGUCGAACAUAAUCAUCGAUAACUUUAAUCAACAAAAUGAGUACAAUACUAUAGAUUUGAAUUCAAUUCAAUUACCACAACCUAUUGUAAGUUAA